AUUAAGGUCUCCUAACUUUUAUCAAAUGUAAACAUUGCAAACGGAUAUUAUACAGGAUUCAAUUUUAUCUGUCCAAUGACAAUUAUGUCGUUUAAUACAUCAAAGGACAACUCAUAGAAUAUGAAAUAAAAAAUGUUGUUUAACUUAGUCUAUUAUUUAAUUAUUUAUUUAUUAAAUACGUUUCAAGAAUGUUAAAAGAAUGUUUAAUUUUGAUUGGUUUUCUCAUAAUAGAACAUGGAUUUUGCGAUGAGCCGAAGUGUUCUUCAAAGUUUGAAUUCGAGUUCAAUGUGUUACAGAAAAUGGUCCGUCUUGAAGAGACAGUGAGGAAAUUGGAAGUGAAGUUGAGUCAACAACAAAAUAUACUUGAGAAGAUGUCUACCGACGGAGCAAGCGCAGUUUAUGUAAGAUGGGGAAGAAAUGUUUGUCGAAGAGAUGCAGUUCUGAUUUACACAGGCUAUAUUGGAGGAAAGGUAUAUAGCGACAAAGGCAGUGGAAGCAAUUCUAUAUGUUUGUCGUCCGAUCCUUCAUGGCACAAUUAUACCGAUGGGAUCGACGAAUGGAGGUCCCGUAUAUAUGGAACAGAAACAGAUACUCCUAAUAUAUUUCCUUAUCCUAUUCACAACCAGGACAUGCCAUGUGCAGUGUGCAGGACACUAAAAUCUGCAGUUUUCAUGAUUCCGGGUAGGACCACGUGUUAUUCAGGUCUGAAGCAGGAGUACACUGGCUACCUUAUGUCAGCGUAUCAUAAUCAUCACGGACCCCAUAAUUACAUCUGCCUUGAUAACCAUCCAGAAUUUAUCCCUAAAGGAAGCAGCGAUGACAACGAACAUAUUCUUUAUCCUGUUGAAAGUGUAUGUGGUUCGUUGCCUUGUCCUCCAUAUAUUAAUGGACGAGAAUUGGCUUGUGUCGUUUGCUCAGUGUAAAUACUAGUUGUUCAAGGGUUAUUGUAUCAUAACAAGUUAUUACCUACGAAUAGAUGACAGAGGUACAAGUACAAUGUUCAACUUAGCUGCGAAGAAUAUAUUAUAUAUAAAUACGUUUUUAAGAUUCUUCAUUUUUUACUUCAUUAAACUACGAUGGAAGACAAUGAUGUAAGAACGAGGAAAUGAAAGUUUAUUUUCUAUAUAUAUCAGACGAAACAGAAGAGAUAUUUUUAUUUCACACAUUUUGUAUGACUGAAUAGGUUUUUAAAUCUAUUGCCAUUCCUUAUUGAUAUUAAUUUACUCAACAUUCUAAAGCUUUUUACCAGAUUUAAUACAAAUUACUGUAGUUACCUUCUCUGGAAUUGCAAGCAUGUAUAUCUUAUUCAAGAUUUUUAGUCCACGGCCAUUCGUAAUCCCGCUCGAAAGUAGUUGAGAAAUAACGCCACAUAUACCAAAUUAUUCCUUGGUCCAAGACAAAAAUAAUAUGUAUGUAUCUCUUCUGCGGACCGCGACUGGAUCCGGAAAUGACGUCAUCAAUAUGGCGACCGUUUACGAAAAUAAUACUGCUGAAAAAUGAUUGAAAAUAUUAGUAAAAUUGCUUAUAAUAUCGCAUAUGAUGUUAUUAAACAAGCCAAUUGGACAUAUCAAAUAUAUUAUAUUUUCACUUUCUCAGUAGAAAGUAUAUUUAAGUUAUUUUAAUUGUUUAUUUUGUACCCCACCCACCUAAUUUACAAUGCAUUUUUACGUGUCGCUUCUACCUCUUGAAAUAAAAUAUUUUCGACUAAUCUUAUGGCGUUGAAUC